AGUUGGUGGCUUACUUACCAAAUUCAUUCAUCUACGAGUCCCAUUUUCCCCAACCAUUUUCUUGCUAUAACUAUCUAAAACCACCACCUCAAUCUCUCUCCUUUUUGGUUUACCAAUUGUGAGGCAAGAUCCUCUCUCUCUCCCUCUCUCUCUCUCUCUCUCUCUCUCUCUCUCUCUCUCUCUCUCUCUCUCUCUCUCAUGCCUCAUUAAAAAGAUCAAAAACCCAUAUAAUAUCCCCAGUCACUACUACUAAUAUCAAUUUCAUACACAAAUCAUCUCUUACAAAUUUACAAUGGCUUGUAUUAUAUUCCCAAAACACAAGUUCUUCUGCCUUACUCUUCUUCUCAUUGCAGCUUGUUGCUCCUACUCAGGAUACGCAGAGGACAACCCGGCGCAGACGUUUGUGACAGCCUUGGCAUGUUUCACCAACAAGUUUAUUUAUGCUGGUUGUAAUGAAGCAUACAGAUUGAAUGAGAGUGGAGAAUUUAACGUGCCUCCUGAAGCAACUAAUUCGUUCUGCCAUGGACCAUGUUUUGAAGAGACACAACAAGUUCUGAACUGCGUUGAUAGAAUGUUUUCAAACUUCGUUUUCGGCAAUAGAGCAACACUGCCUGAGCUGAGAAGUGCACUUCAUGCUGGCUGCAUCUACACAAAUCAAAUAGGGAGGUUCAAUGGUUUUGGGCCUUUUGGUCAGUACCAAGGUGAAACAAGCAGUGCACAGAAGCUACCAAAGUUCGUCAGUUUUUUCACGUUCUUAAUUGUUACUGGGUUCUGUCUCUUCAUCCUACACUGACUGCAUCAAUUACCACAUUUGAAGUCAGGAAUAUGCUAGCAUCAGUGGACACGUGGGCUCUUGACGGUAGCCCCCAUACCUAAUCAUGGAAUGUGAUAACGUCAAAACUUCACGCGAGCGACUGACACUAGCACAUCUCCUAAAGUGAAAAAUACACCACCAUAUACACCAUUUAUACUCAACUGCCAUAACAUACUGCAAUCUAGUUACAUGACCAAUCAUAGAUUACUCGUACGACGAAAGAUCUUGUAUGUUGUGGUUUGUAAAAAGUUAUUUUUCUUUCGAUAUUUUGUAAGAUGACCGGUGAUUGCCUUGGUUCGGGUUUAGAAUUACCAACCUCAAACGUCCCUCGGCUAUGCCAUAUUCAUAUCAUCAAUCAUUCUCAAUUUCUUUGUAAAAUUAAAACAAAAUUGACAAGCUGCAAAUGCUAAACCAGAACAAAGAUGAAUCAAACCGAUGCAUUAUGAAUCUUGGCAUAAAAUCUCUUCCAUUUCUCAAAUUCCACUAACAUUUUGAAAGUACACGAACCUACAUUUUGUACAAAAACGAACGCCUAAAUUCGUACGAUACGGUCACUCAAGAACAAAAUCAGAUACAUAAGAAACCGCUCAGAUUAAAAAAAAAAAA